AUGACAUCUUUACACGCGCUUGUACAGUCAACAUCAGCCAACAUAGCUGCAACAUACACAAUCACAACACAAGACAAAAGAAAAACCCGACAUAACAAACAAUUCGCAGCACAAAGAACUAUUUUCAAUAAAACAAAACAAACGAUCUCAAAUACAACAGAAACAACCGCAUUGAAAAAAACAAAACAACACCACCAUAAACACAACAACACCACUACAAACACAAAAACACCAUCACAAACACCACCAUACACACAGAAACGCCACCACAAACACCACCUUACACACAGAAACGCCACCACAAACACCACCAUACACACAGAAACACCAUCACAAACACCACCAUACACACAGAAACACCAUCACAAACACCACCAUACACACAGAAAAACCACCACAAACACUACCAUACACACAGAAACACCAUCACAAACACCACCAUACACACAGAAACACAAUCACAAACACCACCAUACACACAGAAACGCCUCUACAAACACCACCAUACCCACAGAAAGGCGACCACAUACACUACCAUACACACAGAAACACCACCACAAACACCACCAUACCCACAGAAACGCCACCACAAACACUACCAUACACACAGAAACACCAUCACAAACACCACCAUACACACAGAAACACCAUCACAAACACCACCAUACACACAGAACAACACCACAAACACCACCAUACACACAUAAACGCCAUCACAAACACCACCAUACACACAGAAAGGCGGCCACAAACACUACCAUACACACAGAAACGCCACCACAAACACCACCAUGCACACAGAAACGCCGCCACAAACACCACCAUACACACAAAAACGCCAUCACAAACACCACUAUACACACAGAAAUGCCACCACAAACACCACCAAAGUAG